CGGGAUCACACAGCCCUCAAAGUCACACAGCUCAGCCCGCCCCUGCCCUCAACAGCUCUGCCUCCUCCCUCCCGGACCCGGAGGCGCCUCCAGAGCCAGGAGACGUGAAAGCAAAGCUCCUUCGUUCGGCUGCUGCAGCUUCCCUGGGCAGCGCUGCCCGCUGCGAGGGACGUCUCUUGCCGAUAUGCAUUCUUCUUAAAAUGAGAUUAUCUUGAAGUUAAACACCAAGAAGUUCAUCAUUGUUUCUGACUCAAGAAGAAGGCACCUAAGUAAAAAUGUCCAUCAGCAUAACUUGGUGGUCUACUUGCACAUUCCUAAUCAUGUGUUACAUGAUACCUGGGCCAUCCCUCAGUCAAGAUUGCUCUCUAGAGAAGAUGGAAAAUGUUGUAAUUGAUAUGAUGCCAUCUCUCUCAAAAGGCAUCAGAGGGACUGAGCCAAUAUAUACACCAACUCAGGAAACUUGUAUUAAUGCUUGCUGCUUAGAAAAAAACAUAUCAGGAGACAGGCAAUGUAAUUUGAUGAUUUUUGAUGCUCGAAGGAUAAGCCAGCAUCCAAACUGCUACCUGUUUUACUGCCCUAGUAAGGAAGCUUGUCCAAUGAAACCAGCAAAAGGACUCGUCAGCUACAGGAUAAAUAGAGGUAUACAGAUUCUGGACUCACAGCUUGCAAAUUACGACUUGAAUGGAAACUCUCUUUCUUCACAAGCAGCUCGCUUUGACCUUCCCAAUCAGGCAGGUCACCUGAAUCAUACUGUUGCUUUGCAGAAAUCUAUUACUUCUCAGAUGUCUGAACUCAUUGACCAUAUAGAAGAACAUUUAGAUAAGAUUGAAUUGCACACACAGUUUCCUGAAGACCAAGAGAAAAAACAUCCUGAGACCUUAGAUUCUUUCCCAAAACAAAAAAUAACCAAGCUAUUGCCUACAAGGGCUGCUCGAACGUCUCAGCUUAGCACCUCCACUCCCCCACCACCUACCAUGCUUCCUACCACUAUCAGUAGUGCUGUACUCAAAAACACAACCACUAGCACUCAGAUUCCUACCACCACUGCUUUUACCACAACUAACCACAUGAUCUCGAAUUUCAGAACUGCUACAGAAUUUGCAAGGCUCAGAACAUCUGCCACCACUAUCAAGCCAAUAGCCACCUCUACAGACAGUACUAGCAGCAUCGAUCUCUUUUCUUUGUCAGUUGUUGCUUUGCUUAAUAAGGAUUCCUUGGCUCCUUUUCAAAAUAUGCACCAGGAUAAUAGGCAGCGUGAUUCAGAAGCCUACCUAUUAGAUGAUGUUCCAAAAAGCAAGCAUGCCCCUCAAUCUGGUGACAAAAGUGGUCUCGUAGCAGCUUUACUUUUUGGGAUAGUGUUUUUGCUAUUAGUUAUUGCGCUAAUAGGCAGAAAAAUGUCUCAAUCUCUUAAAAGAAGACGUUAUAAUAGGCUAGACUACUUGAUCAAUGGAAUGUACGCUGAUGUGUGAUGGGAGGGGAAAUUGAAACAAUACAUUGGUAAGAAGUGCAGUCUUUGUUAGAAGCUGCAGUGCUGAAAUCCUUGAGGAGGGUGUGUUCUCUCUUAGCUACAGGUGGGAAAGGGGCAAACAGCUGUGGAUAUGUUCUUCCCCCGCUCCCCGCCCCCAAAAAGGUACACCCUGAAUUGUGGAGUAAAAUUCAUUUAACUGCUAAAUCAUAAAAUAAACAAACACUGUCUAAGUUAAGCAGAGACGUUUUUAGAUUUCAAAUAAAAAAUCAAGAUCCUAACAUCAUAAUCUGCACCUUGAUUAGGUUGUGAACAAAAUUUAUUUUGUGCAUCUGUACAGCCCAUCCUUGUAUUCUGUUACUAUUUUGUACAAAAAUAUCUGUUAAACAGUGUGUAAACACUACUGUUUUUACCUGACAGUCCUAUUUAAUACAUUGCCUCAUGCCUUAGAGGGACACUUCAAACUUUAAAAAGAAAUCAUUCAUAUGCAAAACUUCACGGUGUAAGAGUAAAGGUUACUACAUACAUAAACAUACCUGAUAUAAAAUCAAGGAAAUGAAAGGUUAAGCCACCUAACCCCAUAUGUCUUCUAUUCUACCGCUUGCAGGCAUGGGUCUUGCCACUGCCACUAACUCUCCAUUACGCACCACAAAUUUCACUCUGCCUUUUCAUAGAGAUACUAAUCUCUGACUUCUGAUUUUUGCCGUAAAUGUCAGAGAGAGAACCUGCUUUGUCAUUCCAAAGUAAAGCAAGCUGCAGUCAAGUUUCUUCAGGACAAAAGCAUGACCUAGUGACUUGGCUUCUGCCUGUAAAAGAUUCUGCUGCUGCUAACACCCACAGGCACUGUACACAUGGACUUCCUUGCCUCUGGGGAUGGGGGCAAGGGAUGAGCAAGAGUGUGGGAGUGAACAGCCACAUUCAGGGGGCAUAGCUGUGGGAAGCAACCGUGUGUGGGAUGGGAUGACAGGGUUUGUAGCAUCCAGUUCUUGUUUUUAAGGCUUGUCACAACCAUGAAGUCUAAAAUCAUUUUUUUUUUUAAAUGAAAGUCUAGAUCCUAGAGCAUCCAUUUGACAGCCAGUAUAAUCAACAACGGGAAAAUGGGAUUAUCAUCAAUAAGGGGAAAUAAUUCAUUUUUAAAUUAAAAAAGUAACCUAUAUCCAAUCAGUUCUUAGGCUGUGUGUGAAAUUUGGUGCUUGAGAUGAGGGUUUUUUGGAUGGGAUUAAACGAGGAGUACAAAAGUAAUUUCCUUAGAAUAAAUUUCUUAAAGCAUCCAUCUUUAAUUUUAACUCAAACUAACAGAUUUAUGAAGAAAAAUUAAUUGUUCACAGAUUAAUUUAUGCAAAACAAAGAAGUUGAAAACUUGCUCUAAGUGAACUUCAUUGUAUGGAGGCAAAACCAGCUUCUUCAUGAUGCUUAAAUCUGAAAAUGUGUCAUUGUAACAUUAGGUAACACCUUAGAUCUGUGGUUUUCAAACUUUUUUUCUGGCGACCCAGUUGAAGAAAAUUGUUGAUGCCCGCGACCCAACAGA